AGAGUAGAGGACUGAAAUGACUAUACUUCCUCUCUUCUAAAAGUCCUGCAUCAUCCCCUUGACCUCCUUCACUUUUGUUUUGUGUGAACUGUUAGUUCAAUUUGUCCUCUCUCUUUCCUGCUCAGGGAAUGCAGCCAUUCAAACAAACUGUCUGUUCUCUACUUAUAGUGUAAGCAAACAGAGCAGUGUUUGUCUCCAGUCUCUGCAAUGCUACUGGGACUACUGAAUGAUCGGCUAUUUUUAUUUUAAAUUGAACCUUUAUUUAUAUAAAGAACACGGCUUAUGUGACAGACAUGGAUUUGGACCUGGGAGGGAUAUUUGUAGAGAAUAGCACCUAUAACUACGAUGGGGACUAUGUUUAUAAAGAGGAAUGCUCCCCUGAAGAUGGCGUUGGAGUGCGUUUUGGCACGGUGCUCCUCCCAAUGCUCUACUCCCUGAUGCUGGUCCUGGGGCUAGUGGGUAACGUGCUGGUCCUGGUGGUUCUGGUCCAGAGGAGGCAGAGCUGGAGCGUGAUGGACACCUUCAUCCUGCACCUGGGCUUGGCCGACACCCUGCUGCUGGUCACCCUGCCCCUCUGGGCUGUUCAGGCCACUGGGGAAUGGAGCUUCGGGACCCCCCUCUGCAAGAUCACUGGAGCCAUGUUCACAAUCAACUUUUACUGUAGCAUCUUCCUGCUGGCCUGCAUCAGUCUGGACCGCUACCUGUCCGUGGUCCACACAGUCCAGAUGUACUCUCGCAGGAAGCCCUGGAUGGUGCAGGCCAGCUGCCUGUCCGUGUGGCUCCUCUCCAUCCUCCUCUCCAUCCCAGACGGGCACUUCCUGGAGUCUGUGAGGGACACCAGACGAGACAAACAGGAGUGUGUCCACAACUACCCGUCUCUCUCCCAGUCUGGGUUUGACUGGCGUCUGGUCUCCCGCCUGCUCUACCAUACAGUGGGCUUCCUCCUCCCAUCUGCCGUGCUGCUCUUCUGCUACUCCUGCAUCCUGCUGCAGCUGCAGCGCAGCUCCCAGGGCCUCCAGAAGCAGAGGGCUGUCCAGGUCAUCCUGGUGUUGGUGCUGGUCUUCUUCCUCUGCUGGACUCCCUACAACAUCACCUUAAUGGUGGACACCUUUCAGGGGAGGCCUGGGGAGCCUGUUUCUGGGUCCUGUGAGAACGGGAGGACAGCUCUGGAGAACAGUCUGGUGGUUACGUUCGCUCUAGCCUGCCUGCACGCUUGCCUCAACCCAGUGCUCCAUCUCGGACUGUGUAGAAACUUCCGGCGACGCGUGCUGGAUAUGGUGAGGUGUGUUGAGGGGGUGCAGAACAAUCCGAAACUCUCACUAUGGGAUUCAGGUGUGGUUGAAGACUCACCUGACCAAGCAGAGGAGAUGGGGACGUUGAACCCAAUGACAACCAUGGGACAGGUACAGUCCACCCAGAGCUGAUGGGUAGGAAGAGGAUCCUAAUGACUAAUAUAGUAUGUCUUCCUGCCUUGAGGGG